CUCUCAAUGCACACAUCCCCCCUUUCUUUAUUCCAGCAUCGCUCGGAGGAAGCCAAACCAGGCGAGUCUUCACGCCGUUCCUUUGCCAUUUAGUAUGAAUGCGCCCGAGAAGAGGCGCUGUCAUAAUCUGCUCUGCAAGGAGACAAAUUAGCUUGCCUUCCGACGAACUGGACCAUGAGCAAUGAUUUCCCCGCAUGGAAGUACAUAACUGAGAACGCGACGGCUAUUCCCAAAGAUCCUAGUGUUAAGGAUGGUUAUGUUCUACUGCUCGUUCUGGUCUCGGUCUUCAUUGGCGGGACCUUAGUCCUUCUGUCCGGCAUCCUGAUUAUCUGUAGGAGAUGCUGUGAAACAGAUCGGAGAUAUUCAAGGGCUAACGAUGAUCCUGAAAAAACCAACACCACUUACUUGGAAGAAUCUCAGCCAGCACAAGAAAUUACCAUCAAAAUCGACGAUUCCGAGUGUUUAUCAACGGGCAGCUAUCAUGACUUGGAAACAGAACGGUUCCUCUCCACCUGUUCAACUGGCCGCAGGGUUUCUUUCAAUGAAGCAUCACUAUUCGACCAUGGGAAGAAAACACAGGAGAAAGGACGGAGGUAUACUCUGACCGAAGGGGAUUUUCACCAUUUGAAGAAUGCUCGAUUGACUCAUUUGCAUAUCUCACCGCCUUCACUGAAAAUAGUAACAAUUCAUGAGUGUGAAUCCAGCGAGAAUAACAGCUUAGCAGUGAGAAGCCACACUCCAUCGUCCUCCAAAACCAACCUUUCCAUUUUCCAGCCCAUCCUAAGUCCACUGCCACAAACAGCUCUGACAAGCCUCUCAGUCAACCCCAGCUCAGCCCUGCCUGGGGAUACAAUCAAUUCAUCAGUUAAUACCACCUUUGUUGAUGCAAAUGCUCCUGCACCUGCCGAUUCUGGAGAAGGUAGUGUGGGUGAAGCUGUGGCUGGGAGCGCUAGUGGCAGUGGCGGCACUGAGCCGGCGGCGGCUCCCAGUCAGGGCAGCGUCCUGCAGUUCUUCACCAAGCUGCGCCGGCACGCCAGCCUGGAGGGGGCAAGCCCCUACUUCAAGAUCAAAAAAUGGAAGUUUGAAACCAGUCAGAGAGCACUGAGCCUCGACACCAGAGGUAAGAUGAUCACAAAGUCAGCAAGCAAUUACAGACUCGAUGGGCUGAACAGCCUCCUUAUUAUGCCACAGCGAUUGUGUUAUUCCAUGGAUGUGAGUGGGCAGGGUCAGCAUGUAAGCCAAGCAAAGCAACCCAAAGGAAUUAGCAGCGUGACGAGAAACCAAGCUUUAUUGAAGUUAAGUUUUUGUAAAUGCUGUGAUGCUGUGUCCCACAUUUUCCUGAGAUCAGCUUGGUUUUCUUUCAGGUUAGAUGCGGCAGAGAUUCUGCCAGGCGGGAGUGAAAGUGCUGAAAAGAGGGAGAGCUCUGAUCAUCAGAGGACCUACCGGGAUAUCUGGGAACUCCGAGCUUCUCUCGAGCUUUACAUAUCAUUGGACCCAAGCAGCAACGAUAAGGAUUCGGUGCGGAGCGACACGGAGAGCGUGUGCUCGACGGGUGGGCCGCCCAGCGCUCUUUCCCAGGACAUGGGCGACGAAGAAGAUGGUCUUGAGGAGACGCCCAUGGACAAAGGGGGGACAAAGCAGGACAGCGUGGAUUCCGAGCGGGGCAGCAACAGCGAUUCGAACACCAGAAAGCUCCUUCAGAUGGACAGUGGUUAUGCAUCCAUAGAGGCGCCGAGCAAACUCUUGGAGGAAAGGAUUCUCAAGACAGACGGCGAAAGUGGGACCAAAGACAAAACGGCGUCUGAGAAAAGGUUGUUCUUCACAAGUUCUGGACGUAAAGGAACUGUCUUUGAAAGUUUUGAUGCAAAAACAUUGAGCGAGGAGAUUGAGGAAGAAGGCGCUGCCGGGGGUGAAGCAGAAAGCCCCAUCGGGUGGUCACCUUAUGGCCAAAUGUUUGUAACUAAAGACUAUUUGCACAGGCGGGACUACAGCAUUGACGAGAAAACUGAUGCCUUAUUCAACGAGUUCCUCCGGCACGACCCCCAGUUCGAUGAUUCUCCGCUCAAGUCCAAGCACCGCUCCCGCAUCCACCUGCGCAAGCAGUGGCAGAGGACCAAGCAAUACAGCGACCCGGGCCUCCGCUACCCGCCAGGCCUGGAGCGCCACCGGAUGCCCCUUCGGAGAGGCGACAGCGUGAACUACCCGCUCGACCACCGCUACCAGAGCACCCUGCCCCGCAUCGUGAGCAGCACUGAGGAGGAGCAGGCCAGUAGCCAGGAACGGAUCACAUCACCCACCACUAAAGACUCGGAGCGCACGGGCGCCGACUUGGAGGAAAAGAUCCACAUCAUCGAGGAAGAGACGGCAGAGCAAGGAAAUGGCGUUGACCAGACUGAACAGACAACAGACCUCCAGCAGCCUUUAGACCAUAUUAGUGGCUUCUCAGAGACAAAUAGCUCAACAGACUUCGGGUAUGGGCCUCAGAUGAUAGGGGCAGAUCCGAAAGACAAAUUAACGACUAGCAUCGAAGACAGGCUGUAUAACAACCUUAGAAAAUCAAAGGAGAGUGUCGAGUAUGUGAUAGCUGUCUCAUGUGCUUCACCAGACCACAGUCCCGUUUAGCCGACUGUUUGUGACGGGUUGACUCAUGAUUUCUUUUUUUUGUAAACUUCUCAUGUGGAUGCUGCCCAUUUACUAUUAGUCACUUCUGACCAAUACAGACAAUGUUUGCUGCUACAGUACACAACAUGCUUCGUGUUUCUCCAUCAAAGAAUGAUUAGAUGUCUGUGGAACAUUAAUUCCCUCGUAGGUAUAAAUGUUUUAGUAGAAGAAUAGUUUGCUUUUUUAAAAAAAAAAACAAAGAACGAAGGAGUGAUGUUGAUACUUUGGGGAAAGCUUUUCUAUUCAAGUUGUUUGGCUGUUAUUUUGUUUCCAGAACACCCUGUAAUGUUUUUAAUAUUGAGAAAUAGCAUCAGCCCCAGAUGAAUAGCAUUGUACACCGAGUGCUUCCUGUUUCCAGAGUUGGCUGUAUCACUCCCAUUUGCAUGUUCUCUUUUCAUUCUAAGGAUAUCAUUCAAAAUAAAAUCCCCCCAGGAUUGCACAACACAUCAUAACAUCGCCACCAAUGCAAGUAACUUCUUUGAAACUUUUUUUUUGUUGAAAUGUAUUAAAUAUAAAUUUCCUCUUCAAAGACAUUCCAAUUUUGUGUUAAGUUACGAUCAUAACUUCAUGUUACGUUCUGUGAAUUAGAAUGUCAAUUCCUAAAAUGAAAAGAUAGACACCAUUGUUUGUUUCUUCAAAAUGUAAAAAUGUCUGCUGUUGGUUUUAUUAUUAUUAUUAUUAAAAAAAAACAGACAAUGCUAUUCUGUAUGUGGAUGGGAUGGGCACAAUAAAUAACAAGUGUUUCUCAUA